AUGACAGAAGUGAAAGGAACUCCCAUCAUUAAAGGUUCACGAACAAUGCAAAUAACUGGCUUAUAUAAAGGAAGGGCAAUUAUUAUAAAAGACUCUUACAGUGUUAUAAAUAAGAAGCUUAAACUAUUUCCUGCUAUGUUUAACUUACAAACAGGACCGAAAGAAGUAUUUCCAUACAACUACUACAGCAGUACUUUGUUAGCAAAUGACAACAGAACUGGUGUCAUUUCUGAAGCAUGUAAGUUUAUCCGGGAUGCAGAUACAUUCAUGAAAAACAUAGAUUCCAUCAAAGGUUGCAGAAUAGAUGAGAACCACUUCGACUUAGAAAAGUAUAGCACAUUUUAUUGCAAACAAGAUGUAAGAAUUUUAAGAGAAGGUUUUGUUAAGUUCCGCAAUGACAUAUUGAAAGAAUUUGAUUUAAACGUUUAUGACUACGUUAGUAUUUGUUCAAUUGCUAACAAAUUAUUUGAGAACAGAGUGUACUUCCCGAAUGGAAAUUUAUAUGACCUCUCAAAUAAACCAAGAGAAUUUAUUUCACGCUGUAUUCAAGGUGGAAGAUGUAUGCUGUCAGAUAACAUUAAACAAAAGAGCGAAAAGAAACUCAUUGCUGAUUUCGACGCUGUUUCAUUAUAUCCAUCAGCUAUAGCAAGACUUUAUACUUUAGAAGGUAUACCGAAAGUAUUGAAGGAAGAAAUGUUAAGCACAGAGUAUCUCAUGAGACAUUUAUUCAAUGACGACCAAAAGGAACCCAUUGGUGAAAAGUUUAUGUCUGGCUUCUUUGUUCUCAUUAAGAUAACAGAGAUUGGAAUACAUAGACACUUUCCUUUAAUAGUUU